GCCUCAUAGUGCUGUGCUUAACUCCUUACACCACUAGGGAGGCCCAGGAAUCCGUUUUAUUCUCUUUUGUUUUCUCUGUCUCUUUCCUUCUGGCUAGGAAAACGAAACUUAGCUGUUAGGCCAAAGAAACUUCCGGUUGUAGGCAGGCUGCCCACUGAUUGUUUACUGUUGGCCGUGAGUUUCACUUUCCUUGCUCUGAGACAGGAAGCCACAAGUCUCAGAACCUUCUGUCUCCAAACUGGCUGCUUAAUGCAUCGGCUUGGUUAAUACUCCGUUUAAUCCCAUCCUAACUCCUAAAAACAGGUACAGAACAAUGGCUGUGACAACCAUUUUGUCAUGGGAUUUGGAAGAGAGACUGCAAAUAUUGCUUGGAAACGUUUCUUUGCGACUUCUUUAUAAGUCUGACGUCCAUCAACCUGCCAUGAAGAAGAUACUUGAGAAAUGCGCUCAUCAGGGAUCAACACUAACAAUUUUUUACACCGAAUACUGUAUUUGGGGGGCCCUUAAACUUGGGCAUUAUCCUGAUAAUUAUGGAAAUAAUCAAGAACCAAAUUCUUCUUUCAUUUUUUUAAUUGACAGUCCAAGAGUGAAAAUAUCACAUGAUUUUUUAAUUGGAACACCAAAAGUUACUAAAGAUAGCCUGAACUUUCAUUUCUCUGAUGUUGAGAUUUUAUCUGUAAAUACAGACAAGAAGACAUGUUCUUCAUGUGAUUUAUUAAGUAAAAAAUUUGGAAUAUCUCAUUUGUAUUAUGCAUACUAUGAUGUAUGUGAAGUUUUUCAAGUUGAAGGAAUUAAGGAUGAUGUGCGCUAUAUAAGCAAAAUAACCAAGAUAAGAAGAGCCACACAGCACAGGGAAAGACUCUUAAAAAACCUCAGAGACUACAAAUCUUAUGAAAAUUUGGUUUCAGAAGUUCGUAUUCUACUGCUGGGCCCUGUUGGGUCUGGAAAGUCCAGCUUUUUCAAUUCAGUGAAGUCCAUUUUCCAAGGCCAUAUGACUCGACAAGCCCAAGUGGGGUCUGAUAUAACCAGCAUUACUAAACAGUAUAGGAUAUAUUCAGUAAGAGAUGGAAAAGAGGGCAAAUCUCUACCAUUUACAUUGUGUGACACUAUGGGGCUGGCUGAUAAAGAGGGAGAAGGAAUGUGUAUGGAUGACAUAGCCCACAUCUUAAAAGGCAACAUGCCAGACAGAUACCAGUUUAAUCCUGAUAAACCAAUUACACCAAAGCAUCUUAACUACAUCUCUACUCCAGAACUAAAAGACAGAAUUCAAUGUGUGGCUUUUGUCUUAGACAUCAACUCUAUCCACAGACUUUCCUCUAAAAUGGUGGAAAAUUUCAAACAAAUUCAAAAAGAAGCAUUACACUGGGGUAUAGCACUUGUAGCCUUGCUUACUAAAGUGUAUGAUUGCAGUGAAGUUCUUCAAGAUGACUUGUUAAACAUGAAUACAUCUGUGACUUCUCAGAGGCAGAUAAAGGAAGUCCAGAAAAUUCUAAACAUUCCUAUUUUUAAUAUCUUGUUGGUUGAAAAUUAUUAUUCAACUUGGAAAGAGGAUCCUUUAAAGGACAUUCUCAUUCUUUCCGCACUGAGGCAGAUGUUGCGGGCUGCAGAUGAUGCCUUAGAGGAUUUGCCUCUCGAGGAAACAGAAGGGAAGUCUGGGAGACAAUGCAAUGCUGGAGGAAAAACAUGGAAAUCAAUAUUUCACUCAUUUCUGGAUGAAACCGCAUAUAUCGAUUAACUAAGAUGAGAAAAUAUUUUUAAGAAAUUACUUUUUAUUCUGCUAUAAAAUAAAAUUUCUCCUUUAUUA